ACCUAGGUAGGUCCGUGUGACAUUUGGUGCCAGAAGCUAGGUCCUGACAGCUAACUUUAGGAGGGAAGAACCACUUUGUAUUUAGCAUUCCUCCCUUGUAACUGCUGAACUAACAUUUGGUCUAGCUUUCCUAUCCGUCUACGCUACAACACUACUUAAUGCAGCCUUUUGUUUCAAAACUUUUUCUCACGAGACAGUUUGUAGAGAAAGCUAACGUUUAGGACUUACUUGUACAACAAACCCACUCGUUUCCGGAAAUGACAGGUUAGUUUUAUACAGUAAAACAUAUAUUUAGAUCAUUUACAUUGCUUUCUAUGCCAGCAUGGAUGUGUAGUUGGAGUCCCCUCGGCGAAUACGUCAUGUACACAAGGUUAAAGCUAGCUUUAGCCUACUACUCACUUGAUUUACUUUUCUAUUUAUGCUGAUUGAUGCGGGUAGGUGUGCUUGAGUGCAUACGCCAGAGGCGGGAGAGGGAAAAGAGUGGAGUGAAACAGUCAGGGAUCUUUUUUUCUGGGUUUUAAGUAAGUUGUGAGCUGGCAACAUGCUGCUCUCCCUCGUUGUUCACACUUAUUCGCUCCGGUACUGGUUUCCUGCCACGGUCAUGCUGGGGACGGCCCCGGCUUACCUGCUCUCGUGGGGGGUCUGGCGCUUCCUUUCCACUCUUUUACCGGCCAGACUGUACCACACGUUAGACGACAGGCUGUACUGCAUCUACCAGAGUAUGGUGCUCUUCUUCUUCGAGAACUACACAGGAGUAGAGGUCAUCAUAUAUGGAGAUAUACCAAAAAACAAAGAGAAUGUGAUCUAUCUAUCCAAUCAUCAAUGUACAGUGGACUGGAUCAUUGCUGACAUGUUGGCCAUUAGACAAGGUGCCCUUGGUCAUGUUAGAUAUGUUCUCAAAGAUGGACUCAAGUGGCUUCCACUUUACGGAUGGUAUUUCUCUCAGCAUGGAGGGAUCUAUGUGAAACGAAAACCCAAGUUUAACGAAGAUGGUAUAAAGAAGAAGCUUCUCUCUCAGAGUCAGUCUGGAGCACCAAUGUACCUCGUCAUCUUUCCGGAAGGAACGCGCUAUAAUCCCGAGAUGAAGAAUGUUAUCGCCGACAGUCAGGCCUAUGCCACUAAGGAAGGGCUUGCUGUUCUGAGACAUACCCUUCCGCCCAGAAUGAAAGCUUCUCACAUUGCACUUGAGACCAUGAGGGGCCACUUGGAUGCAGUGUAUGACAUCACAGUAGCCUACGAGGGAACACUUGGCUCUGACCGCCAAAGAAAACCUGCGCCUUCAAUGCCCGAAUUCCUGUGCAAAGAAUGUCCGAAAGUCCACAUCUACUUCGAGCGUGUGGAUGUCAAGGAAAUUCCUCCCGAGCCAGUCUUCUUCCGCAGGUGGCUACACGAGCGCUUUGAAAUCAAGGACCGGCUGCUGGUGGAUUUUUAUGAGCACGACGACAAAGACAAACUAUGCAGCUUUCCCGGGGAGGGAAGACGUUCCUCCCUGGGCCUCUCCAAAACCCUCCCAGCCGUGCUAAUCUUGGGGGGCCUGACGCUGCCUCUUCUGCUGACAGACCGAGGCAGGAAAGUGUACUGGAGGACCUGGGUGUACGGGACUCUCCUAGGUUGGCUGUGGGUCAAUAUGCUUCCUUAACACACUGCCUGAAAUCACGCAAUGCCGGUGCCAUGUUGUAACCCGACAAGGUUUUCUUCCAGAACCAGGAUGCUGUGGUAUGUGUGUACGUUCACACCGCACUGUGCCGAACCCACGCAAAGAAUUAUUUGUCAUGUGUAACUACGUGUUUUCUGAAACUAUCAGGCUUUGGGGAAAACAGUGGAUUUUUUUCAAAAGAAAGUAUGUGAAAUUCCUCAGACGGUCUAAAAAUAGUCACAUAAUCAACCCGCCAUCUCCCGUCCCCAUUUUGCUCUCACCAGCCAAACACGCAUGCUCAUUUUUCCAGCAGAUAUUGGCCAUUCUUUUACUCAUGCCGUUCAUUUUUGAUACUACAGGCGAACUCGCAAACUCCAGUCAUUCUUCAAACAACGUUAAAAGAUAAUUCAUAGUCAUGAAUUACGUUUUAACGUUGUUUAUGCUAUGUUUAUUUCACCUUGCAUAGUUCUUUCUGCUGAAGCAGAACAUCUGUACCGUGAUUCCUAACAAUUCCCCCGAAAUAAUGUGAAUUUAUUAAUUACUUUUACCAUUAGCCAACCUUUAGUAACUGUAUAUCAGUGUUUUAGGAAAAAUUAUUAAAUUGUUGAAAUUAAUCUUAAUUGACAUACAUAAAGCUAACCACUGUGUGAUAAAAGUUAAAAAUAAAUGAUUGCAUGAUUUGAAAAAUGAGAGCGGAAUAGAAAGCUAUAUAUUAAAUGUUCAUAUAACCUCUAUGUAAUUUAUAUUGAUUUUUUUUUUUCUUCAGGUAUUUUGGGUUCCCCCCACUUACUUAAAAAACAUGCACUCUAAAAACACUCUAAAUUGGCCAUAAGUGUGAAAGUGGCUAAAUGGCUGUUUUUCUUUAUACAUUACAAUACAGUUUUUUUUUAAAAAGAUUCAAACUAUAUUGCAAUUUAGUGUUGUAGCAAGUCUGACAAUAAAUUCAUUAAAACUAGAAGAAGCACUCAGAUCAGCCAAAUUGCCAUAUUGUUGACCUCUGUAACCUUUUACUCUUAUCACCUAACCUGCAAAUUUGAGUUAAAUAAGCUUUUCCGUUAUUUCCCAAAAGUUAAAAAAAAAAAAAAAAAAAAAAAACGCAAAAUUCUGAGAUAUGUAACUUUCGACCUCAUUACCCCCACAUUUUAUACCUCUUUCGUUUCAUAUUACAGACAGAAGCUGCAAAUUUGAUGAUAAUCCCUUCAUACGUUCUUGAGUUACCCAAAACAAACAUACGGAAGCGAACACAUGACCUCCGCCUUCCGUGAGUUCACAUACUGGCGAAGGUAAUAAGAAACAUAACUGCAAUAUAGAUAGGGGUGGGCAUUGAUAGGAUUUUUACGAUUCCGAUUCCAUUAUCGAUAUUGCUUAACGAGUUGAUUCUUUAUCGAUUCUCUUAUCGAUUCUAAUUUGGGGGGAAAGAACAAACAUUUUGAUUGGCAUCAAGUCUGUUUAAACAGAAGUCACAACUUUACAAACUCACAACGAGGUCAAAAGAGGCCCAAAGCCUCGAUGUUAACUGUGGCAAUAUAUAAUUGUGGCAAAUAGACAAGAAUGUGUAACAUUUUACUGAAACAUUUUGUAAAUAGAAAUAAAAAAUUCUCCCUUUUAAAAGGAUAUAUGAGCUAAUAGCACUCAAAAACAAUAAGAAAAGAUAAAUACUGUCAAAUACAUAAACAGUCCGUAGUGCAAAUGUGCAAAAUUAACAAUUCUUUUGCAAAAAAAAAAAAAAGAAGCAUGUCUGCUCGGUGACAUUCAUCUACCCUGGCCUGGGGCAUUUUACUUUUGCCUGCCUCCAUGAAAGGAGAAGCUAGAGCAGGUAGUGAGCAACAGGAGCGAGCACUGUCAGCCUCCGAGCCAGCCAGGCUCUCUUGUCACGGUCAUAUUCUACAUGUAAUGCAAAUGGCAUCCGUUUAAAUGCACAACGUUAGUGUUGCAUACUUUACAAGGAAACACAUAGGCAGUGGGAGCUAUUUUCCAGAGUUUCCUCUUUGUAAUAAGUGCAGAGAUCACAGCUUGGCUACUGUAGCUGUUGCUGCCGGGUUUGCAAUGCAUCAGUCCGAAGCGUGUCAAAAACAUGACACUCGUUCAAAAUGAUUGCAUGCUUUGUGCGCAAAUGUUUCUGCUAUUGGUCGCAUUCCCUCCCGACGCGGUUAUCUCUGCAAUGACUGCAAGUCGCUUUGUUGUCAUUUUUCCUCGUGAAGUGAAACCACACUUUCGAGCUUUUGAACCUGCGUGGUGUCAUUGUUAUGUUUACGGCUGCGAUGCACAUGCUAAACCAGCGUAGCCUAAUCAAGUUGUCGUACUUGCUGGAUCGAACGUGCGUAACAUGCGUUAGUUACGUGACGUAAUUCGUGCUGGUUGGAAUCGAUAAGAGAAUUGUUAGAUAAACUGCCAAACAAUUCCAUGGAAUUGAAACACACGGACCCGGUUCUCUAUAAGAACCGGUUCUCGAUUCCCAUCCCUAAAUAUAGACAAAUGCAGUUAAUGAUUUUACAAGUCUUAAUUUGACCUGAUUAUGAUUUUUCUUUAAUUGUCAUCGUAGAACAUUUUUCUGCUAUUGUCGUUGAAUAGUUUUAAACAAAAUUGUAUGUAUUCCUGGUGAUUGACUGGCAACCAGUCCACUUUGCACACUACUUUAUAUUGCCUCUCGCCUAAAGUCUGCUGGAAAAGGCUUCAGCUCAGAUGAGAUCCUAUUGAGGUGAAGAUUCGUACAAUAUUCAUGAACGGGUAGCUAAACACUUUCCUAUGUUGCCCUUCUAUGUAAAACACUUCGUAAAGUCGUCUUUCAAAAGCUCACAGAGCUGAAAUUGCACAAAUAUUCGCCAUACGUCAAAUAUUUGCCAGAAUAUUUUGGCUCGGUGAGUGAUGAUCGUAAUCCACUUCUGAUUUCUAUCAUCCUGACACCUGCUGCACUUUUUACAAACUACAGUGUCAAUAUACGGCUUUAAUUGUCAAAAUGAAUGUAGCCGUUUAAAAUUAUAUGCAUUGUGUUGUUUAACAACUUGAAGAUAAGUAAAACCAUCCUGAGAGUUUAAAGAGGUCAUUUUACUACGUGAAUGGUUCAUGUUAAACAGUGGUGCAGAACCUAUUGCCAGUCAUGAGUGCGUCAUACAGUGGUAUGAAAAGGUUUGUGCAGGUUUUCCUUUACGGUAGUGUCACUUGCAGAGUUACUCAGAGAAGUUGCAAACCGGUUGGAUAGUAACAAAAGGCCUUUACCUCAGCCUGAGCAAGGAUUUUUGAUGAGAUGCUUUAUGGAAGUUUACCUACCAAAUGCAAACGACCAGAUGCUACCAAAUGCUAGCACAACUAGCAAGACUCCACGAUCCAGCCAAUCACUUCUUAAAGCAACACUAGGUAGCUUUCCAACCUUUUAUAAAAUAUUUUCAUAACAUAUGUGAUAUGUCAACAGAUAACUAGUUUGAUGACACCUCUUUUAUAUCUUGAGGGGUUCCGUAUCGCUUUCACCGGCACUGAUUAACUUUGAGGAGGGUGGCAGGAACCCUCCACACAAAAAAAGGAACAAAUGUGCCGACUGCAUUAUGGCAAACAUCACUUCCCCCUUUCCCCAUUCUUUAUGGAGAUGGAAGUCAAUGUGAACGUUUUCGUGCAAAUUAAAGAAUAAACAUUAGCCCGGCUUUCACUCGCUGGCGUGACACCAAACCAAACUCGUGGGGGGGUUAGCCACACUAAGCCACACGGUUGCUAACCGUCAUAUGCUAUUGUUUAGCCACAACUGAAUUAAUUACCUUAUUACCAUUCAUCCUUCACACAGCCUCUGGAAACGGAAAUGUUCUUUAAUCCAGUGUUUUUCAACCAGUGUGCUACAGCACACAAGAGUGCCAUAAGAGAUCGUCAGGUGUGCCCCGAGAAAUUACCCAAAAUCUCUUUUUUUUUUUUUUUUUUUUUUUUUUUUUUUUUUUUUUUUUUUAUUUCUUCGAGCAAGUUGCAGUAGGAAGGAAGGAGGGAGUAGGUAGAAGGUUUUGGUCGUGUGCAGAUGAGCAAGGUAUUGCUCGUGUCACGUUCAACAACUGCUCGGAUUUCUAACAAUCAGCCAACUUGCUUUCCACGACAAUGUGGACUAGAACAUGCCUACUGUACAUCAUUUGAUUAGACUCGUUAAGAGUCGAUAUACACGAAAGUGUCCUUUUCAUUUUAUCCAUACGUAAUGACUGUAAAUCCUCCCCGUGUUUUAUUCCAACAUACUGUCUAGGACAGCAAGCUGGCUGAUGGCUAAAAAUCAGAGCAGUUCUUGUACGCGACACGAGCAGAUACGUUGGCAAGCAAGUUUAAAAGUCAUCUCCAAACGAAAAACCCAUCGCUUCAAAACAAGUCGAUGGACUAUUUUCUUCGCCUUUGUGAAAACAUAGAGAAACAGGCAACUUUUUUGAGAAAUAUCACAAAGGUAAAUGACAUAGCCCUCAAAGCCAGUUACCUUGUUGCUGAACUUGUUGCUAAAUCCAAGUCCUACACUGUGACAGAGACAAUACUACCUGCUUGCAAACCAUUGGCCCAGCCCUGGUGCAGUUAAAUACCUAGCUAAAAUCCCCCUGUCUGAUAAUUCUGAGCUGUUGACUGCCAGGAUAUCUCUUAUGUGUUCAUCUAAACAGGCUCAAGUUUCACACUGAGCAAGUAUAAAUACGGAGAAAUUAUUUUAAAAUUAAGUAUAAUGUACACAAAGUAAUUUUUGGACAUUUUUGGUUUGUGGUGUGCAGUGAGAUUUUUUCCCAUGUAAAAACGUGCAGUGACUCAGAAAAGGUUGAAAAACACUGGUUUAAUCCAUCUGCAAUCGAGCGGGACAUUUGAGUUUUGAUUGAUUGAUGAUUUUACGACACUGUGCAGGUGUACGCUGGUCCUCAUAGGAAACGCAGAUGACAACAGUGUUGACAGCAGGUGGCAGCAGGGGUUGAGCCCCCCCCCAAGGGAGCAGUGAUGGCCAAAUAAAGCUUCUUGAAGCAAAGAAGUGUUGCAGCCAAUUGGUUCAAAGCUUCAUAGUGCCUCAUUUGAUCUUAUGACAGUCUUAUGAUGCCACUGUCAAAGUGCUAGCAGUUAAUAUCUUUUGGUGUAAAUAUCCCAUAACACAGUGAGGGCAGCGGCGGCUUGUAGUCCAGUGCGGCUUAUCUAUGAACAAAUGCCGUUUUCUUGUCAAAUUUGGUAGGUGGCGGUUUAUAGUCUGGUGCGCCUUAUAGUCAGAAAAUAACGAUAGUAUUAUGUCCCUACCGUCCCUAUGCAAACUUACGCCCUUGCUUCUUAAAUAUUACUGUUUGCCUACUGCAUGAUACAUUUAACUGAAAUAUUUGAUCCAUACAACCAAUGAUUUAUUGAAGAAAACUUUGAAAAUUAUCAAGGGUGGUCACCAAAUGUUUUCAUACCACUGUACAUAACCACUAAAAGCAUUUUAACUGGCCCAAUCAUUAUCAUGUACGGUCGUAAAUUUAGUAUGUUCCUCAGAGGGCUUGAUAGGUCUUUUUUUUUUUUUUUUUUUUUUUUUUAUCAAAUUAAAAUAUUUGGCUUGAGGGUUGGGUGGGGGAAGUAUAUUGCAAAACCUGUUAUCUUUUCCACUAUAUUCUGUGUUUUACAUUAAGCAAUACUUUAACAAUGCCAGCCCUAGUGUAACACCCUUUGACUUGAAUCUACAUUCAUUUUAUACUUUUAUGUUUGUUUUCUUUCAAUUUUAAUCCUCACUUCUAAAGAUCUACCUUCCUUCAAGCAAAAAAGCUUACAAAGCCAUACUGAAAGCCAUUUGUAUUAUACAUAUACACGUCUGUAUUGUGAAAAGCACUGUCCGUGAAUUACGUUCUUGUCUAUAGCCUUUUCCCAUAUAUUGACUUUGCACAUUUGCAGUUAGUUAGUCAAAGGUCUAUUUUAAGGUAAACGUUUUUACACCAUGCUGCAAUACCUCACUCGGUUGAGACAUCGCCCUUGUUCCUAUAUGACCUUUUUCACAUAUGUUAAAUGUGUUACCUUUUAUUCUGUCAGGGAUUGUUUUCUGUAGACAGCAUUUAAACCUGCAAACGUGUGCCUUCUCUUUGGAGGAGUGGGUUCUCGUCCCUCUCCAGGAGGACCUCAGCGGCUCUUUGCAAUGUUAAUGCACAUAGAGGCGUUCAGCGGCCAUGUGCGCUCACCGUCCACACUCAUAGUGGCUUAUUUUGCUUGAAAAUGUGGUAAUAUUUACAGGUUUACAGGAUUCAUUUUGAUGUGUUGUGAGUGUGGGUAUAUGAAUAAAGUAUUUUUGUUUCCUUGGUGAGCGUCAAACGUGUGUGUUU